AUGUCUGUAAUCUUUACAAACGAAAUACUCGGUAAAAUCUUUGCUUUCUCUGAUGUGAAGACAUUACACUCAUGCCUUUUAAGCAGUCGACUCCUCUGUACAAUUUCGGUCCCUUUCCUGUGGUCAACUCCGCUGGAGUACCUUUACUCGAACCAAAAGAUACCUCCAAAGUGGACUAAAGUUUAUUCACUCGCCCAAAUCUACAUUUCUUGUUUGACCGAUGAUUCCAUAUCUUUGUUAAAAUCUUCUAAAAUCCCGCUAACCCCUUCCAUCGUGCAACAGCGACCUACCUAUGACUAUUCUUCGUUCCUACAAAAUCUCGACUAUAAAUUGUUGUUUGAUUGUGUGGCGGUGUGGCUAAACCGCUCUGAGAAAUCUAGCAUGCGCUCUACUCGACAACAUUAUCUUGUCGUCGAAGAACUAAGCAAACUAUUUUUCAUUCGUACUACAAAUCUAAAGUCUGUCUCGUGUAAAGUUUGGCCAAAUCUAAUAAACAAUGGAUUAGCACCAAAUUAUUUGACAUUAACUGCUCUUCCAAGUGCCGAAAUAUGUUUAAAAUCUCUGGAAAAAUUUUCGGUCAAAGAUUCGGUUCCGACGGAUUUUUGCGAAGGAUUUUCUCGCGUAUCAAAAGGUAUCAAAAAUCUGGAACUUCAGCCGAUGGAUAAGGAGGAGGAUGACGAAAUGUUCGCCGGACUGAUCAAGUCCCUGAAAAAAUUAGAAACGAUUAUAAUCUUUUCUACUGAUCCAGAUAAAUAUCAGUUACCACAAGUUGCCAAUGCCUUGAAACAACAUGUUCGGUCAUUGAAAACCAUAAGUCUAUGUUAUAAAAUUUCCGUACCAUUAAAUAUAUUCACAGAUUGCGUUAACCUUGUAGAUCUAAGAAUUUCACAUUUGAAUCAAACAAUUUCAAGUUCAACAUUCGAACUGCUCUCCAAAACGCAAUUCACCCAACUCAAAGUAUUACACAUAAACUCCCGGAAAUUGUAUUUGGGUCAGAUCGCGAUGUUGAUACAAAACACCGGUGGACAAAUUGUGGACGUCUACCUGGAAUACGAACGAAAGUAUGGAACGGAGCACAGUAUCGACUUGAUAAAUAGCAUAGCCGAGAAUUGCUCGAACCUUAAGGAACUACGUGCAUUCAUACCUAACGAAGCUAUACAUCGGUUGCCCUAUUUGUUCACUUCAUGUCCGAGACUCAAUAGUGUGUGCUGGUUGGAUGGCGACUCGGAGGGCGAAGAUGAGCCUGAAGAAACUGUGGAUAUCAGUGACGCGAUGAUUGAGAUGUCAAAAGUUUAUCCCAAAAAUUUGUACGAGUUUUUGGUGUUUGCUCAUUGGGAAUUUAGUGGAACCGCGUUGAAAUGUUUCUUGUGGAAUUGUGAACGAAGGUUAAGUGCAAGGAACGAUCGAAAGUUGGACCUUUUUGUACCGGCAUGGGGAGAGGAUCAGAUACCGGUGAUCAAGGCAUAUGGAAAAAAAGGAUUUUUGGAAAUGAGAGAUUGGACUGGAAUUAUUCAACAGUACUACACGAGUCUGAAUCAGAGCGAUGAGGAGAUUCUAUGGGAUUCCUCGGAAGAUGAACAAGAUUCCGACGAUUCUGGUGUGGAUGUGAUGUCAUCCCCUGCGUAUAAAGCAUUUCGACUCUCUUAUGUUGCAGACACACAAAAGAACGUGAAGAGCAAUACAAGUUUGAUGGCGAAUGAUGAAUUUGAUUUUUUGUCGGAGGUUGAUGAGGUCCCUGGUGUUGCCUGA